AUACACCUUCUUCCUUACUUACCCACGAGUACCACGAUCCUACACUCAAUCUUCUUCCUCACAGCCGCAGAAACACGCGUCGCACCCACACGCAUGCCGACAGGAAACGAGGAUCCACAGUCGAUGCCAAGUUCGUGGGGGAGGCAUCCGUCGCUGCCGCAGAGCGUGUUUUUGGUCGUGACCGCUCCCGCCUCCGCUCCCAAGCCUCCCACACACAGCGUCCUCCCAGCACAGGCAUUGGGGGGGAUGCAACGGUGAUGUCCAGCUUUGAGACGAAUGAAGGUGUCGCUGCGUUUCCACAACCUGAGGAAGGUGGGAACGAAAUAGGAAGAAGAGAAAUGGAUGCAGAUAUGGAAAAUGAGGAACUAAAAGAGGAUACUGCAGAGAGAGAAGAGAAUGGUAGAGAAAUCGAGGAGAGGGACACAAAAAAAGUACAGGAGAAUGAAAAUGGUGAGGAAAGAGUAGCAAAUAACGAAAAUACAGAAGACAGUGACGAAAUGAAAGGAGAAAAUGAAGAAAGAUUGGAGCAGGAAGAGGAAAAACAUGAGAAUGGAGAAAAGGAAGAGGCAGAGGAGGAGGAGCGGCGAGAGAAGAAAGGCGACCCCCCAGGCGCCGCGUGGGAAGCAGCAGUGGUGGUGUCUCUUACGGAUGGUCAGGCCAGGUCGCCGCCCGGUGCCUGCAGGAAGGUGGCGGUGGAGGUGAACAUUCCUAGCUUCCUGGUUGGAGGAGUGAUGCAUGCUGCCCUGUACCGUCUCGGGAGCAGCUGGCCGGGACCCUACGAGGCGUGGCAGCAGCUUGGGCGACCUGAAGAACCAAGCCGUUCCCAGCUGGCCUUUAUGAGGACGUAUGAGAACCCCCGCCGCUAUGGUCCCCUUAAGGUGACGGCGGGACUCCGUGUGGUGGUGCCCGCGAGGCUGUGCGCGCCGGAUGUGUGGCUUCUGCACCUCUGCCAACCAUCCACCGCCAUCCCGGGACAGGUGGUGGGCGUGGCGGUGAUGAGCGUGACUCCCUGGGACGCCCUGGUGACGUGGAAUGACCGCCGGAUCUCCACCAGGUGUGUGUCGAGGUACGAGGUGGAGCACAGCGGGGCGGGGCGCGGGGGUCCCUACCUUAGAGUGAGUCGCCUCAACAUUACUGACAACAACUUCUGGUUCGCCCUUCCCCAAGGUCAGAGGACGGUACACGGAUGGUACAGGGUGCGUGUGAUCACCUACUGGGGUUCCACAGGGCCGUACUCCUCCCCAGUGUACCACCGCCCUUCCUCCACGCCCCCUGCCGCCCGCCCCACCCCUUCGCAGAACUGAGGCAACAAAGGGAGGAGAACCGUGCGAUGGGAGACGUCACUUAUGGAUGAGUCUUGAGUAAGCUUGUGAGCGAAGAAAGAGUGUGAGAAAUGUAUAUAUGAAGGAGGGUAAUGUUUAUGCGUCAUUCAUUUUUGUUUCUUCUGUUAUGGUUGAAAGUAACUGGAAAGACAGAAGGGGGAGAGUAAUGUAAAUAUAUUCCAGCUGUUAAUGAAAUCUCCUCUCUUGUUAUUGUAUCGAGAGGACAGUGUUUUUCUUACGUUUUUUUUUAUAUAUAUAUUUUUUUUUGUUGUGGUUGAAAGUAAUUGGAAAAAUAGAAAUGGGAGGAGUAAAGUAGAUAUUUUCCAGUUGUUGAUUAAAUCUCCUCUUUUUGUGGCCGAUAGUAGCGCAUAACUAUCGAAAGAAAAGUAGUGUUUAUGUGCCAUUCAUUCUGUUUCUUCUGUUGUGAUUAAAAGUAACUAGAUAGAUAGAAAUGGGGGCGUAAAGUAGAUAUUUUCCAGUUAUUAAUUAAACUCCUCUUUUUGUGGCUGAUAGUAA